UGUGGUUGUCUUUAAGUGCUGUAUAACUCACACUUGUACAUACUUUUCCCACGGAAAUGCAAGCGUGUUCCGCGCACGUUCGCACUAUUUUAGGCUUCCACAUUUUGUUCUCAUUACUGGAAGAGAAGAAUGCCUCACCUCCAUCUCUUACAACCUCAGCGCUCUGUCAUCGUUGCACUUGGCUGCCAAUGUGAAAUCCGGGCAAGGAGUCCAAGCAAAUGCGAUACAGGGGGCAGCAGAGGGAUGUUGCGUGGGCUUCACCAGAUUCUGUUCGGCUCUGCUCAGGUCCAGUGACCCUGAGCUCAGGGAUGUCCCAUCUCAAAUGCUGCAACAACAUCCGAACCUUACUGGACACGGCUCGGAUCCCACUUCCGGAGAACUGGGACCAGACGCUGGACCUCCCGCAGGCUCUGGUGCGCGGAUCGGGCCUGGGCGUCGCCACCCUUCGGUUUGCGCCCGACAUAACCGUCCUGGCGCUCACGACGCUCAAUUCUCCCCGCUGGGCCAUGAGAAAUCCCACCCUGCAGCUUUACAGUUCUCUUUUGCUCGCGGAUGCUCGGGCAGAGGCCCGGCGGCGAGGGAACUCCGGGAGACCGCACGUGACCUUCAGCGUCUACCCGAGGAGGCCAGACUCCGGCUUCAGCCGUCGCUCUACCGGAUCCUGACGCUCUUAUCCCAACUGCAGCCUGGCGUCCAGGACUCGGAACAAAGCUUAGCAGACUUCCUGCCUCCUUUGCUUCAGCUCUCCGCCAGUCCCAUUUACGGCAUGAGAGCGAUGGCCUCCAAGGCGCUGGUCGCCAUGACUCCCCCCUCAGAGCACGCGAACAUCUUCAUCAAUCUGACGGCAGCAGGCUUGCCCGGCGCACCGGCGCGCUGCUGUCGCAACUGGCUCCACGGGCAACUGCUGCACACGAAAGCUCUCCUGGACAGAGCUCUUGCCAAAAAACAGUCAGACUUGAAAACGGUCUUAUACGUUCAGCAGACCUGUCAGGGCUUUGACACAUCUUGGAUCAUCUGUCGUGGCAGUGCGACGGAGGUUCAAGCGGUGGCGAGCGCCGUUGCUGGUGAGAGCGGCGUAUGUCGCCGUGGUGCAGUCAUUGGGAAAAUUGUGCACCGAGGCUUUUCUCUCAAAGCGUUUUGACGUUCUGACACGUGAGCUACGUACGCCUCAGCAGGGCCUUCAGGUUGGCUUGUCUUCCUUCCAUCGUCAAGCCAUCCAGUUUCUCUGCGCCGACCCCGAGUGGGCGUGUGUCACCUUGGAGGGUUUCGCAGCAGCGAGCUGUGAUCUGAAGAUGGCGUUGGUCGCGUGGGUGGCGGAGGACCGUGCCUCACUUGACGUCCACUUGAAAGAAUCCGUCCAGAGUGCGCUGCAGAUAUUCUAUAGAAUGAUCUCUUCGAAUAUCCAUCUCGUCUGUUGUCACCACCAACAGCACAACAAAUGUCGGGCAUUGUGAAUAUUCUGCUCCGGUUCAACGUCCCCCGCGCUGUCGAGCAGCUCUUUUUGACCUGCAAUAUGGCGCCGUGAAAAUGCCGAGACUUUUGCGACCCUUCGGCCCUGCACGUGGCGUUAAAGGAUGUCCGCGGUCAUCUGCGUCAACUAGGCGUCCACUUGAGCCCCUCUCUAGAAUCUUCCGAGACUAGUGACGUCACGCUGCCGCACCGUGGACUAUCGGUAAAAAGAUAACUGAGGAAAUCCUACUUGGUGUUUGAGGCAGGCCUGAAUGCUAAAUGUUUACACUGGCUGUGAAUGGACUUUAUGAAGGUACAAGGUAAGCAAGCUCACGGUGUAACAAAUAUGUUACAUAUUUCUGAAAGGGCCGCUCAUUUUCUGAUGACGGAGCAGACACACAGAGCAUGGUGGAAAUUAGAGAAAAAGUAUAAAUAUUUGUAUUCUGCGCAAGGGUAUUGCUGCCACAAUGGAAAACAAUUGUGUUCACAUUAUAAGAUGCUUUCGCGUUAUAAUGUAAAAAGUUCGGUUUAAACAUAAAUUUGCCCAACCAAACCAAAGCAACUUGUAAUGGUUCAGUCUUUUUUUGUGUGCGCUCGUGUGUGUCUUACAGUCUUUAGCAGAGUUACAAGCUGUAUGUAAAUUUAGACACGGUAAAGGCUAUUACUGUGUCUGCUUGUGUUGUUGUGAAACAUAGCACUUAAUAACGUGAUACUGAAAACACGCAAUUUGUGUGUGUGUCUUUUUUGGGGUGGUGUGGCUGCAAUAUGUUUCCGCAGUACCCUGCAAUGGACCUUUCCGACUGGCCAUCUUAAGCUCCGCCCCCUUAGCUACAGUUGCCAUGUCCCACAAGCUUCCAAAAUGGCGACUGAACAGAACAGG